AUCAAUUGCAGAAACAACAUGUCAAGUGACGGCCUUAGAAUAAUCAAUACAUUGAACCCAGUUGGUUCCAAGAGAAGGACUACAACGUUUUCAGCACUCAGAAGGAUUUCAAAUUUACUAUAAUUUCUUCCAGGUUAUAAUUUUCUAUUUAUUGUAUUCUCCUGAAAUAUAUAUAUAUAUCUAUUCCCCUUGACGAAAUUUCAGGGAUUUUCCCUUGGAAAUCUUGACAAUCAAUGAUGUCAGAUAAGAGAUUUUUUGAUAAAAUGGGAAGCCAUGGACGCAGUUUAAUGGCUAGAAACCCCGUUGAUAACAUGCAAUUUGUUUUGACAACAUUUAUUGGAAUCAUUUUGGGCUUCCUAGUUGGAUUGUCAUUUCUAACAUUCUCACCCUCACAGCUUCGUUUCCUUAGUAAUAUUAAGGACCAAAACUCAACUAUAUUGGAACAAAUGCCGUCUAAUGAAACUAAAGGCAACUUGACUAGUGCUCUGAAACAGAAUUAUACUACAGAGAUUUGGGUUGCAUCGAAUCCACCGGGUGCUGAAAGGCUACCACCAACCAUUGUUGAAUCCAAAUCUGAUUUGUAUUUACGAAGAUUGUGGGGAGAGCCUAGUGAAGAUUUAGAUGGGGUUAAACAAAGGUAUCUGGUAGCUUUUACUGUUGGAAGUGCACAAAAAAAGAAUGUCGAUGCAGCAGUGAAAAAGUUCUCGGAAAAUUUUACAAUAGUUUUGUUUCAUUAUGAUGGUCGAGUAAACGAAUGGGAUGAAUUUGACUGGUCAAAACAUGCAAUUCAUGUGAGUGUUCCAAAGCAAACAAAAUGGUGGUAUGCAAAGCGAUUUCUACAUCCGGAUAUAGUGACACCAUACGAUUAUAUAUUCAUCUGGGAUGAAGAUCUCGGGGUUGAACAUUUUAAUGCUGAAGAGUACAUAAAGCUAGUGAAGAAGCAUGGACUAGAAAUCUCCCAGCCUGGUUUGGAACCUAACAAGUUGUUAACAUGGGAGAUGACAAAAAGACGAACUGAUAGUGAAGUUCACAAAGUGACGAAAGAGAAACCGGGAUGGUGCCCUGAUCCUCAUUCGCCACCAUGUGCAGCAUUUGUGGAGAUAAUGGCUCCUGUGUUUUCUAGGGAAGCUUGGCGUUGUGUGUGGUAUUUAAUUCAGAAUGAUUUGGUUCAUGGAUGGGGGCUUGAUUUCGCCCUUAGAAAAUGUGUUGAGCCUGCCCACGAGAAAAUCGGAGUGGUUGAUUCACAGUGGAUAGAUCAUCGAUCUGUUCCUUCACUUGGAAAUCAGGGACAAGCAGAGGCCGGGAGAGCGCCAUGGAUGGGGGUAAGGGAGCGAUGUAAAAGAGAGUGGAAAUUGUUCCAGACUCGGGUGGCUGAAGCUGACAUCAGUUAUUACGAUUCGAUGGGAUUGAUUCCUCCAAAUUCGACAUCGGAUAGGCUAGUUGUUGACAAAUUGACUAACUAUUAGUAUUUUGAAGAAAGCUCAAAAAAAGGAUAUGAUAAUAGGUUUUUAAGUGGUUUUCUUGCUUGUAUAUUCAGUAGUAUUAGAAAUAGUAAUACAGUAAAGCUGGUGUAUAUUUCUCAACUAAUUAGCACAAUUUAUAAUAUUACUAUUUACUUAUUACUA